CAUUGCUCAGAUCAGAUGAUUGCAGAAGCUUCCUUUGGAAUAUUUAUCUCAACUGCUACCUUUAGCGUUAGCAUCACGGUCGUUGCCCUCCGUAAAGGCACAGACCAUCAUCAUGUCAUUUCUAUUUGACUGGAUAUACAGAGGAUUUAGUGGGGUACUCCAGUUCUUAGGUUUGUAUAAAAAGUCUGGGAAGCUUGUGUUCCUGGGCCUUGACAAUGCUGGCAAAACAACCCUUCUGCACAUGUUGAAAGAUGACAGGCUUGGACAACAUGUGCCCACAUUACAUCCAACAUCUGAAGAGUUGACAAUUGCUGGAAUGACAUUCACCACAUUUGACCUGGGUGGUCAUGUCCAAGCAAGAAGAGUUUGGAAGAACUACCUGCCAGCAGUGAAUGGAGUGGUAUUUCUUGUGGACUGUGCUGAUCAUGAGAGACUCUCUGAAUCUAAGACUGAACUUGACGCUCUGUUAACGGAUGAGACCAUCGCUAAUGUCCCAGUGCUGGUGUUGGGUAACAAGAUAGAUCGUCCAGAAGCCGUCAGCGAGGGAGGGCUAAGAGGAGCAUUCGCUCUCGAUGGACAAACCACCGGAAAGGGUAGCGUUUCCUUGAAGGAGCUGAAUGUAAGACCUCUGGAGAUCUUUAUGUGCAGCGUGUUGAAAAAACAAGGCUACGGGGAGGGCUUUCGGUGGCUCUCACAGUAUAUCGACUGACAUUUGGAAACGCUCUACCCUUGGGACUUCAGAAGUAAAUCUCUGCAUUGUUUUUGUUUUUUGGGGGGAGUGAUGGGGGAGGGGGAAAGGUUAACCUAUUAGUGAGUUUAUGGAGAGCUGAGACCCUUAGCGUCAGCCCCAGGUUCUUGUGGGGAAACUUCAAAGGAUGUCUGUCAUUGUCAGCAUUUGUCCGUUUUAAAGGUUUCUAUGCAAACUUUUAGAAGUGGUUCAUGGUGAACUGUCCUAAACUAUUGAUUUUAGUUUAAUUGUGUCAACACAGCAUUUUCAAUAUGAUAUGUAUCCUCUAUCUGGCAUGUGAAACUACAGUAUAAUGACAGAAUCAAUCAUGUUUGUACAAUUCAGGAUCUUAUGUAAGAUUGUAGGAACUUUUAAAGUGAUUUACUGUGACAUUUGAAUUAUUUGAUGUAUAUGGUAGACCAAGUUGUGGGAAUAAUGAGUGGCGAGCCCUCAACAAUGUAAGCGAUGAUAUGUUGCUUGUACAUAGAAUUAAGAUGACUUGAAGAAGAGCAAACAAACGGUUUUUACCGGCCAAAUUCCAGUUACCCAUGAGGAAGUGAUAUAAAUUACAGAAUGUUGGUUAUCAAAUCCAGAAUUUAGGGUAAAAAAAAUCUAAUGUAUUUGUUCCUGCAUCUAUUGCCUUCAAUGCACUUAGCCAAAGAUGUAUGCUAUCUUGCUAGUGACUUCGGGAAGUUUACCACAGUAUAGAUCUGGGAGAAAGCUGUUUAAGAUUUCUGUAGGAUUUUAGUUAUUUUAUGAAUGACUACAGUGGUAAGAUGUUGUAAAGGUACAUUGUUUUUGGGAGGAAUACAUGGCCAUGGUAUGAAGCAAUACAGCAAUCUGAACAUCAAGGGCCAUAAAUAAAAGGUUUGUCUUUUGCAAUGUUGGUCGCAUAUAUUAGGCCCAAUUAUAUCAAAUCAACAUCAUCUAUCUUGGAUGUUUGGAUUGAUUCAUUCCUGAAAACAGUCAAAUCUAGAAACUAAUUUGCACAAUUAUUUUCACUACUGUAUUGCACUUAUGGUUUUGACAUUGUGUUUACACCUAGUAACUGUCAGCGACCUUGGUCACAUAGAAUACCACUGUGCCAGUGACUAAAUACAUAUUUCCCUACGAUGUUAUUUAUCUGAAUGUCAUUAUGGUAAACUCAUGUAAUCUUGUGGGUUAAGUAAUGUUUUUUUCUUUAAUGUCAAAAUAUAUUUGAAGUUACUGUGAGGAUGGUCGCAGUCACCUACAGACAAAAUUCCUGUAUGCUGUGUAAGUUAUUGUAGAAAUAAUGUUAAAUUAUGUUUCUGAUGAUUCAAACAAAUCAAAGCUUGAAAUCCUGCAAGUACUUUUUGACUAUCUGCAUUGAUAUGAGAGUACAACUGCAUCAUUAAAGCUCCAGGAAUAUAGCUUUUAUAUCAGUGUUCAACUUUUGUGCUCCACCUAUGUUUGAGUCAAUUGUAAAUGAUGUAAAAUAGAGAUGUAUCCUUUGUACAGUUCAUGCCAUUGAACAAGCUGCGUACAUUCCUGGAGGUACUUAUGAUUAUUGAUCAUGUGAUUCAAUAAAAUACAUAUUUUGAACAAUC